AUGGGGGGGGGACGUGUGGAGGGAAUUCUGGGAAAAGGUCACAUUGGUAGGUGCCCGGUGAUAACCUGCACGCGAUUCUCCACUGCCCCUCGGAGGCGAGUUGGUAGGCGCCUAGUUACAGACGUUAACUUGUCUUCCCCUCAGUCGACAGGCGUUGAUUUGCGCUCUGAGAAAGAGAAAAAUGAAGAUGGCAUAGAAACUGGCUUGUUAGGAUUUUGGGGUCUGUUUGUUUUAGCCUUGAUGACAGGGCUCUCGUGCUGCAGCUUUUCUUGGACGGUGACUUAUUUUGAUUCCUUUGAACCAGGAAUGUUUCCUCCAACUCCACUUUCACCUGCACGAUUUAAGAGACUGACGGGGCAUUCCUUCCACAUGGGCUAUAGUAUGGCAAUACUGAAUGGCAUUGUGGCAGCUCUCACAAUAGUAUGGUGUCUCAUUUGAAUCCUACACUGGUUUGGUGGUGAUCUACAGCAGUUCAAGUUAUACACAGGAACUACUAUAAACUGUCCAGUCUGCUUUUGUUUUUACAACACUGUGGAAUGAUAUUUUACAUCUCAAAUAGAAGUGUCUGACAUUCACUGUAUGCUUCAGAUUUAUAGACAAAUCUUUGGGUUUUUUACUUAUAGGAUGUUUGCCUGACUUGCAUUGAGUGAGAGGAGGGAGAAAUGCUAUAUGGUUAUUGGCAAAAUGUGAAUUUUUCAUUUAAAAAAAAAUAUAUUUACAAAUUGAAAAAAAUUUAAACCCCUUGGAUGACACUUUUUAUUCCUUUCUGAUAGCUGGAAGUACUGGUAAGAAUACUAAUACUACAGAAUACGGUAGCCCAGUGGCUUCAUAACAUGAUACUGAUUAAUUUAAUCAUAUUUAACAUGUAAAGUGUUGCUAAUAAAGGCUACUAAAUUUUUUUAACUAAACAUGCUAUUUAACUUGUACUUGGUCUAGACAGUGAAAACUAAAUUGACUUUCAUUGUCUAGUCAAUUUUAUACUCUGGCUUGCCAGCAUUUACACGAUACUUGUUUACAACACUGUAGAAAACCCUUUAUUUAAAUAUUUCAUUAGAUUUUUUUAAUCAAAAUUUUUCACUUCAUAUUAGCUUUUAUAAACUACUCCCCCUUGUUUUGUAAAUAACCCAGAUCUUGUGCCUAAAUGACCUGAUAGUGUUUUUUACUUGGGAGUAAUGCAGCUAUAUGCUGCAGCUACUGCAUAUGCCAAAUUUUUCACUAUGAAAUUGUGGAAACUUCUUCACUUUGUGCUUUAGAAUAUAGACAAUAUUUCUUCAUAUUUUUACAUAGUAAAUAGAUACAUAAAAUCAGUUCCAGUAUCUGUAGUAGGGUGUUUUCAGUAAAGAACUGUAGGAGUUAUUUUUAUGGCUUUUUGUAUCUUUGUGGAUCUCUUAAAAGGAUCAAGAAUUUAUCAAAGUUAAAAUACAGUUGCAUAAUUGUUGGAAUUUCAUUUGUCUUUUAUGUUGCUUUAAGAUGAUGUAUAUUGGAUGUGUUCUGUAACAUGUUUGUAAAGAUGAUUAGAGCAGUGGUUCUCAACGCGGUGCCCCUGGGUGCCAUGGCGCCUGCCGGGCCACUUCUGUGUGCCCGCUGAGUGAUUGGGGCCGGCUCCUCCCCUGGGAGCGCAGCAAAGGGGCAGCGCCAGCCCGGGGCGCACAGCACAUGGGUGGCCCUGCCCCUGGUUGCAUGGUGCAUGGGCUGAGCCGGCCCCGGGCACACGGCGUAUGGGCAUCCCUGCCCCUGGGCACGCAGCACAGGAGCGGUGCCAGCCCCAGGCGCACGGCGCAUAGGUGCUGCUGAGUCCUGGGCAUGCGGCGUAUGGACAUCCCCGCCCCUGGGCACAUGGCACAGGAGCGGCACCGGCCCUGGGAGUGCGGUGCAUGGGCGGCUCUGCCCCUGAGUGCCCGGUGUGUGAGUAGCCCCGCCCCCAAGCACCUGGCAGCCCCAAAAGGUUGGGGACCACUGGAUUAGAGUAUCAAACUCUUGUGAAAAGUAUGCGAGAUUCAUUUCCAGAUUACAAGUUAAUUUAUAUAACUUGAAAAAUUAAUCUCCUACAAAAUGUAUAAAUCAGCAGUUCUAUUUGACUAGAUUUAAACAAAUCCAUGAUUAAAGUUGACUACACUUUUAAAAUGUAUUGUUUUGCAUAUAAGGGUGUGCCUAUUUUCUAACAUAUUAAACACUUACCA